ACCAAGAGCAAAAAACGAAAUGGUUGAAAGCCAUAGGACGGCCAAAUUGGAGGCCUGCUAAUCAUGCGCGCAUUUGCAGUGCACAUUUUAAUUAUGAUCAAAUUAACUACGAUGGCUGCAGAAUAAGGAUCAAAGAUGAUGCUGUUCCUGUUAAUUUAUUACCCCCCAACUCCAAUUUUGAGGCGUCUAAUGUGGAAGCUUGUAGGAUUUGUUUGGCCACAGACAUCAAAAUGUACAGCCUAAAAGGGUCACCACUUGGAACCUGUAUGGAGACUAUAGCUGGAGUUCAUAAAAAUGGAAUUUGUUUGGAUGGUCUACCACAAUACAUCUGCUACCAAUGUGCACCAAUCUUGAUGAAUUGCCAUAAACUUAUAGAGAAAUGUAUGUUUUCUCAAACUGUGCUACUGGAUAUAUUCGUUAAGAACGGACAGAUCACAAAAAGUCUUAUAGAAGAAAAAAAUAAAACAACAGAUUCAAUAUCUGCAUCCGCUAGUACGGAAGAAUUGAACAAUUAUUUGGUAAAGUGUGAUGAGAUCAAUUCAUCACCAUUCACUCCGGACUACUGUGAUAUUUAUUUUAAGGAUGAAAAUACUAAUCACAUUGAUUCAAGAAGUUAUACCAUCCUAGGUGCAAAUUGUAAAGUUGAAACGGAUGGAGAGGAAUUUUGUGAAAAUUUUGAUUUAGAAGAUGAUGGAACAAGUUUGGUUCAAUCAAUCGGAAGUUCGAAAGCAAAUAUGGGUGAGGAUAAAAAGAUUAAAUCUAAGAAAUAUACAAAGAAAGAAGUGACGACGCCAAAAAAAAGCAAAGGACUUACACCAGAUGAGAGUAGUAUGCUGAAAUAUUUUGAUAUUGUACAAUUAUCGUUACAAGAACAGAUAGAAGAAUGGCAGAAGAGUGCUAUCCGUCGCACCCUGACCAGCGAAACGGUGUACCAAUGUAAAAUAUGUAAGAAAACAUUUGCCAACUCCAACUCCUACCAACUUCACAUUAAUUAUCAUGAUCCGGGUUUGGGCCAAUAUGAAUGUCCGGUGUGCAAACUUCGCUUUAAGAGCGCAACGUUGUCGGCUGCACAUAGGAAACGAGCGCACAGUAAGAAAUUCUUCUGCAAAACGUGCCCCAAGUCUUUUAAUAACGUCAACGUGGCCAAGAAGCACAGUCGUUGGCACUCGGGCUACGAGUACAGAUGUCCCCGCUGUGCGUUUGUGUCGGUGCACGAGUCAGCGCUGUGUGCACACAGACGGCGCGUGCACGGGCCCGCGCACGGCUGUGUGCACUGCGGCCGGCACUACUCCACCGCCAGGGGACUCAGCGCGCAUAAACACGCUGCGCAUGCGCAGGCUGACGACAAGGAUAUUAGCAAGGAGUAUCGCUGUGAAGAGUGUAACAUCAACUUCGCGUCAGAGGGCGCUAGGCGAGUGCAUCUACUCACCUCUAGCCAACACAAGAACAAAUCUAGUUUAUGCGAUUCAACAACCGAUCCCAUUCUGCGGAAUUGUUGCAAUAAGUGCGGUGUGGAAUGUAAUUCUUUCAAGGAUCUCUUGGUACAUAUGAGAUCGUCGCACCCUCGGUCGCGACGAUCUGAUCAACCCUGGAAGGGAGACACUCCAUAUCCAUUAGAUUGUGAGUUGUGCGGUGAAAGGAUAUCAUGUCGCAAGAAGCACUGGUUCCAUGUACGCAGACGACAUCCUAUGCACGUGGACUCGUACCAACCAAUUAUAACUGUCAUCUGUGAUACCUGCGGGAAAGGAUUCCAGAAUUCCACGAAGUUACGGAUCCACCAGUUACGUCACAGCACUCCCAAGGUACGGUGUGCGCAUUGCCCACGACUGUUCUACGACAAAUACGCCCUCAACAGACAUGCGCAGACGCAUAGUGAAGACAAACCACACCAGUGCCGCACUUGUGGGAGGGCAUUCAAACUGCUUAGUAACUUGGAAAGACAUGCCAGGUUACGAAACCAUUUGGUUGUGGUACAUGUGUGUGCGGUCUCAACUAUCUCAACAAUGGAGAACCUUGAUCUCAGCAAUAACAAAAACGUGUCUCUAAGUUUGAUAGCAGAGUACGGGGCUUCAGAUUCUGAUUCGGACGAUACAGAGACCCGUUCGAAUGAUAAUAAUACAGAUUCUGAUGCCACAUAUCUCACUGAGAUGGUGUUAAAAAAUAACAUAAUUAACGCUUAUGCUCACGGGCCAUUGUCGAGGCAGAGUGCUCGAGACGAUGCGGAUGUAAGUAGACACAUGAUAAUCGACAGUGUUGAGAGUGGUGUGGUGGAGUAUGAGGUGACGGAGUACCGUGAUGUGGACACUGACUCCGAUAACGAGUCCUCGAGCGACUCCAGCGAUAGUGAUGUCGACUCUGUGAAGGACAUUGAAGAGGUUUCCAGUGGUGAUGAAGCAGAAAACAACCCCAGAACAGGAAAGCCAGAGCCUCCAAAGGUGAAUGGUGAAAUGGGCCUGGAUGACUUGCCCCCUAUAGAAGAUCUUGCCAUCAGUCUGCCAGCCCAAGAUACCACUAAGAUCGGAACCAUUGUCAGCAUAGUUGAUAGAUUAGCAGACUGCCCUACUGUCUUCCGAAUCGAUAACUCCAAUUUUACUUUUCGCGAAUCGGAAAUAGUAGCGCUGCAAUUUUAA